GCCCGUCAUAUGACUGUGACACCCAUGGAGAUCGUUACAAGGAACGAGAUUCGCUCCUGGAUGUGAAAACAAAAGAGAGCGUGUACCGAAUUUAUUUUUGGUACAAAAUGCCUCCGACCCUUUUCCAGAAACUUUUUAACAAGAGAAAUGCGCUGUCGUCGCCGCCGCCGAGAUGUAGCAAGGAGGACCCAGCUUUCAGCUGGCCUCUUCCCCAGCUGGAGCCCAGUCAGAUCAGACUCAUCGUGUACCAGGACUGUGAGAGGCGCGGCAGAAAUGUCCUCUUUGACUCCAAUGCCAAGAAAAAGGGCACAGAGGAAACCCCAAUCACCAGCACCGACGCCCCGGUGAAGGUGUUUGGGAAAUGCUGCCAGCUGCGUCCAACACGAGGCAGCAGCAGCUCCCUGGACAGCUCCUCUUCAUGCACGUCUGAAAGGGAAUCCAAGGAGCACGGCCCUCGCUUCCAGGGUUCGAGGUGUUCAUCUGAUGUCGUAAUGUUGGGAGAGAUGAUGUUUGGCUCUGUAGCCAUGAGCUACAAAGGAUCAACUCUCAAAAUCCAUCAGAUCAGAUCACCACCUCAGCUGAUGCUGAGUAAGGUCUUCACCGCCCGGACUGGAGGCAGCGUGUACGGCAGUCUCAACACAUUGCAGGACAGCCUGGAGUUCAUCGGACCAGAAAGCAACACCUUGAGGCCAGAUCAACACAUGGGGCCCAACAGUCUUUUAGGGAGCAUAGGAUUUUCUCAGCUCUGCAGCCCUCGACGGGCCUUCUCUGAACAGGGCCCGCUGCGCCUCAUCAAGAGCGCCUCUUUCUUUUCAGGCCACAGUCACCCGAUGGACAUGCCGGGCCGAGGUCCACAUGACGAGCGGGACAGCGGUAUCGCCAGAUCAGCGUCUCUCAGCAGCCUGUUGAUCACUCCCUUCCCGUCCCCCGGCUCCUCGUUGACCAGCAGCUGCGCCUCCAGCUACCAGCGCAGAUGGCUGCGCAGUCAGACCACCAGCCUGGAGAACGGCGUUUUCCCUCGAUGGUCAGUGGAGGAGAGCUUCAACAUGUCGGAUGAAAGCGGCAGUCAAAGCCUCGGGGUGAUGAGGAAGAAGAAGAUCGCCAUCGGAGUCAUCUUCACGCUGUCGCCAAGCCCUGAAGAGAGCAGCCGCUUCCAGGAUUUCUUCUUCUCCCACUUCCCGCUCUUUGAAAGCCACAUGAACAAAUUAAAGAGUGCCAUUGAGCAGGCCAUGAAGAUAAGUCGGCGGUCAGCAGAUGCCAGUCAGAGAGCUCUGGCUUACAGCCGAAUGGUCGAUGGGCUCAACGAGUUCAGGAUGACCAUCUGUGACCUCUACACGAUGCCCCGCGUGGCCGAGCCCGUCUGGCUCACCAUGAUGUCCGGCGCGUCGGAGAAGAACCAGCUCUGCAGCCACUUCAUGAGGGAGCUGGCCUUACUGAUGGAGCAGGCCUCCAAAAACCAGUUCCUUCCUGCGUUACUAACAGCCAUCCUGACCAAUCAUCUGGCCUGGGUGCCCACCGUUAUGCCCAAUGGGCAGCCGCCAAUUAAGAUCUUCCUGGAGAAGCACUCCUCACAGAGCGUAGACAUGCUGGCAAAGACGCAUCCCUACAACCCCCUCUGGGCACAGCUUGGUGACCUAUACGGGGCCAUCGGGUCUCCGGUGCGGCUGUCGAGGACAGUGGUAGUCGGGCGCAGACAGGAUCUGGUCCAGAGGCUCCUCUACGUUCUCACAUACUUCAUCCGCUGCUCGGAGCUGCUGGAGACCCACAUGCUGGACAGCGCUGAGGACGAGGCCAUCGUCAUGCCCGGCUCGCUUAUCACCACUUCCCUUAGAAAAGGGGAAGUGGAGGAGUCGGAAUACGUUCUGGUUACCGUCCACAAGCCCAGCGGGGACUACCUGUCCCAAGGAGCCCACAGCCAGCAGACGGAGGCUGAGGACAGCAGCUACCGCUCAGACAACAGCCUGCAGAGCAGCACGUACACAGACAUGGAGGUGGAGCACAGCGACCCACCCAAAGAGGAAGACGAGGAGGAAGAGGACGAGGAGGACAGCAAUGUGAGCCAAGAGUCCAGGAGUAGUGUGCUUCAGUCGAGAACCAUCGAGGACACGAUUUCCCAAAUUAGAGCCGCGGAGGUCGCAGAGACCGGAGAGCUGCAGAGGGAAUUGUGCGAUGUCCCGGUGGAAACGGUGCUGCGACUCGGCGCCGCCUCCCCCAGGAAGCAGGCCUCUGCCCUGGAAGCUCGCACCAAGGGAGACCUUAAACUUCCUGAUUCAGCCUCACCCACAGAACUUGCAUCAAGUUUGUCUCUCUCUUCUGUCACUGCAGACUGUAGAAACGCUGAAGCUGAGACGGAAGGACUCCAGGCCAGCAAAAUGCAGGUUCUCUGGCCUUCAGGGGUCACUUAUGAGAAGAAGCCCCCUGAUAAGACCUCUGCUGUUCCAGUACCUGUAUUACCUGGAAGUACUGUGACAUUACCAAUGGUCCUGGCUGAGGAAGAGGGGCCAGCAAACAAAGUGACUUUCCUUAUCGGAGACUCCAUGUCUCCUGAGUCGGACACAGAGAGUCAGAGGCGGAAGAUGAAGGCGGGAAUCAAAAAACACAAGCAAUACCUGCAUUCGAAGACCAUCAGCACCGAUGCAGCUGAGGACCAAACCAAUCAGACCAAGGCAACUCCAGCUCUGCCGCGGGUGUCCAGCACGAUCCAACAGUGGAGCAGCAAAUGCUCAGACUAUUGCAGUGAGUAUUUUGGUUCGGAGAACGAGGAGACAAGGACGUUGCGCAACCAGGAGGCAACCAUGGACAUUAUGCACAGACAUUUACUGAAUCCGUCUGGGAUUCCUCAACUUCAAGAACACAGUUUUCAAAAUGCACUAAGUAGUGGGAGUUUGGACACAACUUUGGGCUCCAGCAGGAAGCGGGACACUUCUUCUUCUGCCUCUGCUCAGAGGUGCAGGUGUAGUUCCACAGACUCGUCCGACGCCUGCUGCUGCAGAUGCUGUCCUGCAGAACACGACAAAGAUCCACGGCCGUGUGCCGCUCUCCAUCAGGAGGGAAACGACGGCAACAGGGACCAAAAGUACCAGGCGGCCUCCGUCAACGACUGGGAGAUUCCGCGCAACGAGAGCUCAGACAGCGCGCUCGGAGACAGCGAGAGCGAAGAGACGGAGGACUGGCAGGAGGAAGUGCUGGUUCCCUUCCCAGGGGCAAAAUUAGUGGAGAACUACUCCAAGCCGACCAUUGCCAAUUUCGGUCGGUCUCUGUUCGGAGGGUACUGCCCCACCUACGUUCCAGACUUUGUUCUGCAUGGCGUCCCGAGCGACGAGAAGCUACGGCAAAGCCUCAUGUCAGAGUUAAACCAUGCUGUUCAGCAUCCUGUAUUGGAUGAGCCUAUUGCCGAGGCCGUCUGCAUUAUCGCAGACACAGACAAGUGGACGGUCCAGGUGUCCAGCAGCCAGAGGAGAGUCACCGACGUAACCAAGCUGGGAAAAGAAGUUCUGGUGUCCAGCCUGGUUUCCAACAUCCUGCAGUCCACCUACCAGCUCUACAAGCUCAACCUUUCGCCUAACUUUUGUAUAAUGCACCUUGAAGAUCGCCUGCAGGAGAUUUAUUUCAAGAGUAAAAUGCUUGCGGAGUAUUUGAAGGGCCAGACGAGAGUCCAUGUGAAAGAGCUGGGCAUGGUGUUGGGGAUUGAGUCCAGCGACCUGCCCCUGCUGGCGGCGGUGGCCAGCACUCACUCCCCUUACGUCGCCCAGAUCUUACUAUGAGACUUCUUCUGGGUUUGGGUGAACAGAACAGUCAGCUGGAGAAACUUCGGCCCUCACAAACAGCCGUCCACGCCUGCUAACCCGAUCCGCUCUGCUGCACGUCCUCACAAACGACGAUACAGUGUGGAUGUUUGACCACUUGGUGGCGGCAGAGAGUUAAAAUGGAGCAGGUGACUGAAUGUUCAUUUUAAAACUCUUAACUGUUUUGGAAGCAAAAGCCAAAGACUACAAAUUUAUCCAAGUGAGAUCUAAAUUUGAAGACACCUUCACCGUAGUUUGAAAUCAUUUUUAAUUACACAACUGCUUUCAUUUCCUGUACAAUCUUAAACGUGGCACUAUGAAGUUGAACUUAGAGCUAAUUUUCCGUGGUUGCCAUGUUUAUCUCAUUUUCAUGUUUUUGUUUACAAGUUCUUAAUUUGAAUGAUUUUAAUGGUUUUGAAACAAGAGAUGCCCCCUCUGCCUUAAAAUAACCCCACUUUUUUUCUUUUAGUCAUAUUGAAGUAAUCAGUUUUUAUUAUUAUUACAAAGAAGUAAAAUGUACAUUUCAAUUUGCUAAAAGUGCUUUGAUGCUAUUAUCCAAGGUACAUCACUACCUCAGAUCUUAUGGGCAGUGGCUGAUUUACAGUUGCCCCACAGAAAACUGUGAGGUAAACUUUAUUAUAAAUUUUAAUCAAAAGAAUGUUGACUGUGUAGACUAUAUGCUGUGUUCUUUAAAAUAAAAAGGGAAGGCUGAAUAAAUGUAUUUUUGCAUCUCAGAGUGACUGAGAAGGGGCCCUUUAUACUGUGGAAAAGCGAAAACCUCCAUCGUCUGUUUUCCAACCAAAAUGCUGAAGUAUUUUCUAACUUUUCUAUACAUGUCACCUUUUAUUUUUUAUGUUUACUACUUUAGGGCAGAAGGACUAGUGUAUAAUGAGUGUAUAUGGACUGGUUAACACUAUUUUCAGUUUUCUUUUCAUAACAGUUUUACACAGAAUAACAAAAACUACAGCAGGAUUUAGUGGCAGAUAUACUAAUGUCAGUUGCACCUCUGCUUGCACAUAAAGUAAAACCUGCUGCAGGAAAAACGUAGAAGUUUCCUAAUUUGCAACAUUUUCUGUUCCUUUUUGACUCUGAAAAUGCAGAAAUGGAAGGUUUUGCCAUCAUCCUGUGCUGCUUUUAAAACGGCUUCUUCUGCAUCAUGUCAUAAAUAAAUUUAAUACAAUAUUUGUUAUGACCUUUUUUUAGAGAUAAAGCAGCUGUAAUCCUGAAAAGUGGACAGUGGUUCUCAGUUUGCUCAUCCAAGUUGCACCCUGAAUAUAAUCCAAGUCUUAAUGGAGAAAAGGCACGAAUGUUUCUUUUUGCUGUUGGUUAAUAAAUGCUUCUGUGUAUUAAAGAUGCUUCACUAUAUCAGCCUACCUUAAACAAGAUGGCUACAGUAGAUUUAUAUCUCUGCUUUUCCUUCUUUGUACAUGAGUAAGUUAUUUAGUUGCUCCUAUGUGUAAUGGGUUGUGUAAACUGUACAUUCUUCUUUUUGUUUUGUUUUCAUGUAUUUGUACAGAAUGUCUUUUAUGAAUUGUCACCUUCAGUAAUUUUUUUCCCAAUUUUCUGGGAAUGUUGUGCAAUAAAAAUGCAGAGAAUUUCA